AUUGAUUUAUAUAUUUUGCAGAAUGGCCAUGAUGAUGUGUCCCAGUUUGAUACCAAAUUUACAAGACAACCUCCUAUUGAUUCUCCUGUUGAUUCAGUUCUCAGUGCAAGUGUCGAUUUAAUAUUUAAGGGCUUCACUUAUGUAGCCCCAUCACUUUUAGAAGAUUUGCCAAAUAUGAGAGCUCACUGUGCCAAUAAUAGGAUGGCAAACGGAAUGGAAGUACUCUCAAACGAAAUGGAGCAGCUGCCAAAUGGAACGGCACAUGAAAAUGAAAUGGACCAACUGCCAAACGGAAUGGAGCAACAAGAAAAUGAAAUGGUCGCUCAAGCAAGCGAAAUGGCCCAACAGGCAAAUGGAAAUGGAGCACGAGCAAAUGGAAUGGUGCAUCAGGGAAAUGGAUUCAUUGUGCCUGAUGAAUACCACGAUGAAAGCGAUGAAGAUGAACCAGCUUGUACCUUUUCAAUUACAUCUGGCCUCAAUCAAACUCUAGCUUUCAAAGAUGAAGCAUGUUUACAGCCCUCGAUAAGUCAGAAUCAGAACUGCAUAGCUUUAGGAACAUUGCCAUUGAGCAGUGGUUUGAAUGCAAGGCAAAGAUACAAUGGAGUACCAACAAUUCCAAUACCACUCAGUCAGAAUUACAAUAACCGAUUCCCUAAUAUAAAUUCAAAUGUCAGGAAUAACCAGGCAGGCGGUUCUCAAGUUUCUAAUCACAGGCCUGUUCAUAUUACUGCCGCUAUGCAUCGAAUACAGAACCAUCACAAUUCCUUCGCUACAAUCAAUUUUGGAGCAAAUACCUCUGCUGCUGGUGAAGAAAUGAUGGAAGUGAGUAGCGGUCUACCUCAUGUAUAGCGUAAUAUAGUUCAAUAUAAUAUUCUUUUGUAUGAGAAUUAGAACUUUUUUAAAUAUGAAUGAAAUGUUCAUUAGUUCAAUUAUGUUUUAUGUUAUUAUUUAGAUGAAGAUUUCGAUUUUUCUGAAGGAAUGUUGAAGGACAAACAUAUUUCUUUAUAAAAAUUUUUGAUUGCAAAAAUAAGACUAAUCCAGAAAUCAUCUAACUCGCUAAUGCAAAUUGACAAUAAAAUACCACGGGAGUAAAUCUUCUUCGUUGCCCUGGCAUCCAAUUUGUCCUUGACUCCAAUGUCUUUGUUACAUAUUUCCUAUGAUUUUCUUCCCAUAAGUUAACAGAGAGGUCAACUGAGAAAUGAAGGAAUUCGCUUCAAAUACUGUUCAAAGUUCACAUGUUGAACCAUUCAAACUUUUUAUACGAUAUUCUAUGUGUGUGUUCUUUAAUAUUAUUAGCAUAUCCUACAAAUCAUAAAUUAUAUAAUCUUACGAGGGUGGUCUGAAAAGUUUCCGGCGUAACAAAGAUACCAAGAUUUUUUUUUCUUCAACAUAGUCCCCUUUUAACUCUAUACACUCCUCCCAGCGAUGCUUCCAUCUAUGUAACCUGUCCAAAUAGUAUUCGGCUUUUUCCUCUGCAAAAUAAUUGUUCAUGAAGGCGAUUGCAUCUUCAUUUGAUGAAAAUCUGUUUGAGUGAAGUGGAUGGUCAAGCAGUCCAAACCGUAAUUUGUGGAUUUUCGCCAUGGUAACUGCUGAAGUGUUAGACUGUGCUUUUGUCUUGGUGAAACAGUAUUUUCUUUUUCUGCAAAUGUGGCCUUUUUUCGCAAAUUCUGUCUUCGGCUUGUCAAGUAAUGAUGCUUAGUAUGCUCCUGUAACAGUUUUUCCCUUUUUGAAGAUAAUUAAAAUAACUCCAUGACUAUCCCAACAUGAGUAAACGCGGCACCCAACGUACGGAGAGAUUUCUCAUGUUGAUACAAUAUGUGGCAAACACGUUCUUUGAUGUGUUCAUAACCUCUGCUAACUCUCUCACUUUAAUUCGGCGCAAUGUUUAAAUUCAGCUGCCUAAAAUGUCACUGUGGUAAAUGGUGAUGCAGAGUUCCCAUAUUGAUUUGUGUAGGCAGUAUUCCCUUUCAAAGACAAAUAUUUAACGACAGCUCGAUACUUGAUUGUAUCCAUUUUCAUAAAAACACUCGCAUCAACUUACUCAAAAGAUUGUUAUUUAACAACUGCACGUUCAAAAUGGCUGAAACUUUGGUGAGUAACUGUCAACAAAUGAACAAUGAAAUUCACUAGCUUUUAUUUACAAGUGCUGCUAUCAUCAUGUUUGGGUCGGAAACUUUUCGGGCUACGUUCUAAUUUACUAAAAAAAAACGUAUUUUUGUCCUAAUUCAAUAUCUUUUAUUCAAACUUCAAUAUUGCUGAUAUUAGGCUGGUAGUAUUUUUACAAAGGGCAUCGAUAAUAUUUUUUUUCUAUUCAAAGUUGAUGAAAAUAUUGAAAAGUUGAAUAGUUUGAGAGACGUUUGUUAUAUUUUCAAAAUGUUUAAAAAAAUAAUUCAUAUUUUUGUGUUAGUAUUUUUAAAAUGCAAGAAAUAUUUGAACACUUCUUUUUUACUCCUCAUCAUUACUUAGUUUAAACUACUGAUAGAUACCAUUUUUUAUUUAUAUUUUCAUGAUUGGUAAAAAUAUGUAUAUACUCAAUAUUACUUAAAUCUCAAAAGUUGAGAUACACUAUACUCGAGAAUAGAGCAGUGUUGUUUGAACAUCAAUUUCAGAAUACUAAGAGGUAGAUUUUGAUUUAUUUUUUGUGUUGUGUUAUGGGACUUUUGUACCUGUGUAGUCAUAUUAUUUUUUAUGUAUUGAGAAUACUAUUUCUUAAAUAAAAGCACAGGUUACUGCUAA